AAAGAAAAAAGAAAGAAACACAGGAAAGAAAAUAAAAACGCAUGGAGCUUAGAACUUAGAAGUAUUUUUAUUCAUUCUCAAUAAUUAUUUUAUUUUGAUACCUAUUUUACGUAAAACUUUUACCGAAGAAAAUCGAGUGUCCUGUUUCCGGCUGAUACUGGUAAAGCAAAGUCAAAAAAUGUAUCACAUGAAAAAUUUAGUAUCACAGGAACAAUCAUUAGUUCUGCCAAAAUGCAUGUAUCGUUUAAGAAAUCCCAUUGAAGAGUGCUUAAAAGAAGAAAUGGAAAUAAAUGUUUGUGACCAGGUUAUCAAGUUUCUUAAGAAGAUGCCCAAUACUCAACUUAUUGAACUGGAAGGACGGCAAGAUAAAUUGCUUGAAAAAUUAGAUAAUCUCUACGAAAGAAUUAAAAACAUAAGUUCACUUUGUAAUUUUAAUAUUGAGGAGAAAACGAAGAAAGACAUCAAUAUUAUCUGUCCAGAAGAGAUUGUUGUAGUUCUGAAUUCCAAUAUACUUCCUUGGUUUUUGAACAAAUUUUUGAAGGAAGUCCCAUUCCUGAAUGUUACGUGGCAUGUUCAUUCCUCUGUACCAACUGAGAAAAUACCCAUAAUAGAAGCUUUUUUUAGAAAGUAUCAAGAUUUAUAUAGAGUGAUACAUGGUGCCAAGAUUAAUCUGAGAUUGAUUUUCAAAUGUGAACCAACUACUCCAGAGUUAAAAUUCUCAUCUCUGAGCUUCCCAAUACUUGGUGCAGUAAAUAUAAUAAGAUAUUUGUGUCUUAUGUAUGAUAAUGUAGCACCUUACGACUAUUGCAAUCAUGAAGUAGAUGCCAUGUUAGACUCUGCUUAUCAACUUGAAACAGCAUCAGAAAAAAGUAGAGCACUUCUUAUUUCUAAAAUAUUUUCACAGUCAAAAGAAUGGAUUUACCAAGAUAGGUUUUCAAUUAUUGAUUUAGCUGUUUUCAAUAUUAUUAACCAACUGCAGAAUGGGUCUAAGUAUGUCCCCAAAAAAUGGUUUAACAAUUGUGAGAAAUUGAUAUUGUGAAUUACUUAAUAAUGUAAUUAAAUCUUAUUUAUCAA